GGCCGAGAGAGCGGAGCAGCGCGUGCUGGCGGUUGAAUAUAGCGUCGCGGAUGGGUCGAUAACGCGCAACUCUCUCGCGGAGUCGGCGAUGCCACGCUGUACCGCUCCUAAGCCGAGCUUUCCUCUCAUUCCGUCGUAAGCCCGCACUCUGGCACAUCCAUCCGCCGCCGCCGCCGCCGCCGCCGCCACCACCACCACCUGCACCAACCGGCCGACCUCCGCCACCACCACCACCACCUCCUCUGUUAUCGCCACCACCGGCGCGUGAUAUUCGGCCUGGCCUGCCAGCGGCCACCAUCUCCGCCGCGCCAACCUGUCAUCUCCCGCGUCACACGUUGGCCGAAAACGAAAUCGUCGUGCCAAAAGGUGGCAAACGAAGGUGUUGCCAGUUUGUUGUUAGUGUUCUAAGCUGAAGUGAACCUGUGCAACGAUCCAACGACAUCGAUGCUCUCUCUUUUCCCUCUUCUCCCUCUACUUCUUCUUCCUCUUUUCUUUUCUCGUUUGAGUGCGACGUGUCGUGUGAUGUACCUGUUAUAAGAGGGAGCGGGGGGGCACUCCGUGGAAAUAUAAGAAAGGUGUAGUAGUGAAGGAAAUUUGGAAUGGAAUAGUGCGCCCGGAUAAUUCAAUUCUCUGCCGGUUUCCACGCGAUCGGCAAGUUAUCCUACGCGUGCCUCGCGCAGCGUAAUCAGGUUGAUUAACAGGUUGUCGUCGCGUGCCGAGGAUAUUUUUCUCGCCGCUGUUGGCUCGCUGUCUCGAGCGAAUUCGUGGUCCGGAUUCCGCGCGCGCGUCAACGGGAGCUUCUCUCGGGAUCCCUGCGUUGGACCAAGGAGGAAACAGGAGGACGGAUCGAUGAGUCUUUCGUGCGUGCGAUCGACGACGAUCGGUGAUCAUCGUGAUUCGUGAGCCGCGGUGUGCCGGUCGACGAAUGAGUGUCGUGCACGAGGCGUGGAUCGAAGCGUUCCGAGGCGUCGAUGAACGGAUUGAUGAACGGAGGAUGAGAAGGCAGCGAGCGAUGGAUCAUGGACGAGCGGAGCGAAGCGGCGCAGUGAAAGUGGUCGGUAACCGAUCGACGUGAUGCCAGUGAUCCCUUGUUCGAUCUCCUCGUGCCGAUCCCCCUCUGAUCCGUGAUUGCGCGAUUUGAUAGAGGGAAGAUUGGAUAGAUUCGAGGUGCUCGCGAGUGUUGUGUAUCAUGUAUCAAAGGUGACGAGUACGAAGUAUAUAUAUUUAUAUGUAUAUAUAAUUCGCGACAUAUUUUCUACGAUGUUAUGGUGUUCGAUCGGAAGGAAGAGGAAGGUUGCCGGUCUGAUAGACUGGUUUCGGACAUCGUCUCGAGACUGAUCUCACGCCGUUCCUCCUCGACUGUCCACCACGAUGCAGGGGAUGCACGCCGUUGGCAAGACGUCGACGCGCGGUUAGAGGAUAAGUGGGAGUAGGACUCCGGCCGCGUGUUUCCCUGAUUCCUUCCGUGGAAUCGAGACCGAUUCUCGGUUUCAUUCUUCAGGUGCAAGUGCGAUUCUUAAUCGACGAAGCGGAUGAAUUAUUCCACCGUCGACCGGUCACUCGUCUCGGCCGGUUUCGAUGAAAAAGUGGAAUCUCGACGGAUUCGGUUGCCGUGCUCCACGAAUGUUCCAGCAUCCGGCGCACGGUCGAGGUGGUACGGUGUUUUUACGAGUUACGCUUACGGGGCGGCCGUUAAUGCGCGUCGAGCGGCAAUUAAAGACGCCGCCGCGUCCGUCAGCUGCGUGUACUGGCCCAACAGAUGUUCCAGCCCCGGCUGGAAGAUUCCGGGUCCACGAUCGUGUUGUUCCAGCGUGCGGUAAGCGCGCCCGCUAACGAUAACGAGUGUCAUUUGCGAGCUGGCUGAUCGCGCGAUCAUUGUCGUCCGUAGUAGUUUGUGGCGAAGUUAAAUCACCAAGCCGCGAAACAUUAGUGCCCCACGGGAAAAUGAGGAGAUCCUGUUCGUUCUCCAUCUCAAGAGUGACAACGGGCUAGUGGACACAGAUCCAGGUCGAGUUAGCAACAUGACAGCCAUCAACUCGGGUCCGGUCGGGGAAGUGGGCGGCGUCAGGCUGCCGUUGCAAUCAUUACAUGGGUACGGAUCUGUGUUCAUGUACUCGGCGUCGACGAGUCCCGGGGGUGGAGGUGGCCAGGGUGGCGGAGGCGGAGGUGAAGUGACCCUCCGCCUCCGCGAACCUGAGGAUAUUCCCGAAGAAGUUCUUGCACGCCUCGAGGACACGGCCACCCUCUCCAUCUCUCUUCAAAGCGACGCAGUGUUGAGGCUGGGGGCAGCUGGCACGGGAAACGGGAAUUUAGAAUUGUUCGAUAGUGAGAGCGGGCCGGACCUCACACUAUCACCUCAGACCUUCACGUCGACGGCGGAGGCCUUCAUCAAUGACAAUAGUGAUAGUCUUGGUGUUCCAGGAGACAACGAUACGGGUAGCAGCGAGGAAUCGAGACCUGGGGGUGGGGAUCCUGGAAAGUUGGGGGUGAAGAAACCAAGACCGAAGGCUUCGUCGCCCAACCGACAGGGACCACAGCAGUGCCAGGUCUGCGGGAAGGUGUUCAACAACGCAUCGGCGCUCACGAAGCACAAGCUGACGCACAGUGACGAGAGGAAAUAUGUGUGCACGAUGUGCGGCAAGGCGUUCAAGCGGCAGGACCACUUGAACGGGCACAUGCUAACGCAUCGAAACAAGAAGCCGUACGAGUGCAAAGCGGAGGGAUGCGGAAAAUCGUAUUGCGACGCGAGGAGUCUGAGGAGGCACACGGAGAAUCAUCAUGCCGGUAGCAAGGUGAACGAAAGCGUUAGUCCUAGCAGUCCAACCACCGGUCCUCACACACCAAACACACCGGGAAGUAAUCCCAGCACGCCAAGCACACCGGGAGCGGCGUCGACGCCCAACGGCCAUGGACAUCCGGCCUUAAAACAAUUGCUCGCCACGGAACCGUCACAGGCGCAGCAGCAAAAGAGUGCCACGUCUCCUGGUGCUAGCAACGAUGGUCUCACGAAACAGCAACUGGAGCUCAUUCAACAGAUUAUGCAACAAACACAGCAGCAACAGCAACAACAGCAACAAACAUCCGCGCAACAGCCACAGCAACAACGCAGCAAUUCAUCAAGCACAGUCACAGCGCAAAUUCAAAAAACGCAAAAACCGUCCGUCAAGUCCACAACUUCAUCUGGCAGCGUUUCGAAUAAUUCUGGAAGUUCAAAUGCAACAAAUAACGCGAGAUCCAGCCCCAAACCUAAAGUCUGGAGUCACGUACAGCAACAGCAACAGCAAGCACAGCAGCAAGCACAGCAACAGCAACAACAGCAACCGCAACAACAGCAUCAGCAACAACAGCCACAGGCUAAUUCGCCAGGAGGUGGAAAUGUGGGGAAAAGCAGCCCGUCGCCGGGAAAUUCGGCAUCCCCUGGCACUGUGACAGCGUCCAACAAGUCGCAGACCGAACCGAAACCGGUCGAGUGCAAUUUGUGCCAUCGAAAAUUCAAAAAUAUACCGGCGCUAAAUGGCCACAUGAGACUCCAUGGCGGUUACUUCAAAAAGGAUGCUGAGAACAAGAAAAGCGAGAAGAAAGAGGUUGUCGGUCCGCCUUUACAAACCGCGUCUGUCAGCGUUAGAGCGCUCAUUGAAGAAAAAAUUAUACAGAAAAGAACGACUGCAGCGGACACAAAUUCAAAUCAACAGGCACGCACAAACGCAACAGUUUUUACCACCCAAGCCGACAAUGCGUCGCAAAUUUCCGGUAAAACGAGCUUCGCGGUACCAGCACCGCCUCCAUUGGCCUCCGCGGAAAAGGUCCGCAGACUUUCGGAUGGCGAGCACUUCCGGCAGCCCAAUGUCACCGUUUCCGGCCACACGACCGUGCAAAAGCAGCUGCAGGAAGCGCAGACCCAGGCUCAGGCGCAGGCGCUGGCCGACAUGAUCUUGAAGGGAACUACUAAAAUGGCUGUGAAAAGAACAACUUCGGAUCCCGGGCAAAGAUUGCAUCUGACUUAUCAGACAUCGGUUCAAUCGACGACUAGUCAGCAGCAACAGCAGCAGCAACAACAGCAGCAGCAGCAGCAGCAACAGCAGCAGCAGCAGCAACAGCAGCAAAAUAAUCAGGCUCAAGCUCAGCCCACGGUUACUGAAAGUUUCUCAAUGACAGGUUACUCUGAAGACGGUGGUUAUUUUAGCCCAAGCCUUCAAGAUGAGGUGUUUCAACAAGUCACUGCAGUUCCUGACAGCGUUCUUCUUCAUGCUACUCAAUUGGAUUCACUUCAAUUUCAGACAGCGAGCCUGUUACAAGAACAGCCCGCGGAGCAAUUGCAAGACAUCACUCUGGAGGACCGAUAUCCAUCGCAGCACACGGUGAACCCAGACCUGCAGGCGUUGGUGAACUCCCCGUUGCCAGACUCGUUAGCCGAGUUCAGCACGUACGGUGCCCAAUACACGGAGAGCCCGCACACGUUACCCACCCAGUCCCCCCUGCCAUCGCCGUUGACGAGACACGACAGCCCCAGCUUCACAUAUCCAACGCCACCAGCGAGCCAGGAGGGCCUUCUCACGGGCAGCUUCCCCCUGCUCAGCCCUCAAGAGGAUCCGGAGGCCGUGAGACAAGUCUCGUCACCGUUGUCCGCUGCCUUCUACGCGAGCACCAUGUCCUCGGCGGCUGCCGUCGAGGAAGCUCUGAGCGAGGUGUUGCCAGGCGAAUCCGAAGCAGAUACCGACCUGUACGGGUCCGGUUCACCUAAUCCUCACUCGCCACUGCCAAGCCCGUUAUCGGCGACCCCGGCACCGUCGCCGUUGUCCUCGUUGCCGCCCUCCUCGGUCUCGUCACCCGGCCCCGUGUCGUUCACGGGCACGAGUUUCCCCGUGUCGCCACACCACGCCCUCCAGAAUCAGAUGAUGCCCAACUCGGAGGAUCCCCUGCUCUCCUCGACCCCGAAAGACUUCACCACGGCCAGCCGGAGACGGUUCGAGUUCCAAUCGUACAAAUUUAUCACCAGCCAGAACUUGGUGGACUUUGGGCUGGGUAACGGCAGCCUGGCCGGGAUCGUGGUGGACAACAACGGCGAGUUCAAGCUCAUCCAGACGGCGGGGUUGCAGAAGACUAAUGUGCUGGUGCAAACUGGCUCCCUGAGCCCGGCCCUCGCGUUCAAGAAGGAGAUGAGGCUGGCGACACCCAAGAUGGAGCCCGUCACCGUCAACCUUGGCCUGAACGUGCAGACGAACGUGCAUCAGUACAACGCCGGCCAGUUCAAUCAGCAACAGGUGGUGAACCCGACCAAGUUUCUCAUACAGACGAACGUGGCCAAGGGUGGCAGUCUGAGGCAGAAGGUGGCCGCCUCCGGUGGAGGGAACCUGCCUGUCCCGGUCGAGCAGAUCAAGGAGGAGCUGUUGGACGAGGACGUGUUCCUUAAUCCCAGCAACGUGCCGGCUGGCAGCCCUGUCAGGCAGUGCAGGAAAAGGCCACGCAUGGACGGGGGGGGAGGCCUCUACGCGAGCGCCUCGUAUCCGUCCAGAUUGAGGAAAGCCUGCGACAGGCAUUGGGACAGCAGCUACACGCCGCCACCGAUCUUGGAUCCAUCCCGCCCCGGGCCGGGCCUCUACGCCAGGCUGCAUCAGUACGAGAGGGAUUCUGACUUCAGCUCCGACGAUUCCCAAGGGAACGACGGCCCUCCACCUAGAAUUAAUAUCGGCACGAGGUAUCAGGCUACGAUACCACCGGUCGGCAGCGACGGGGACAGAGGAAAGGGGGAGCCGGAGGCCGACCAUCUGCUCUGGGAUCCUGGUAUAAAUAACGUGCUGACGGACAAUGAAUUGGAUAUGUACCUACAAUUUGCAUGCUGCGCCGCGGUACCAGGUGGAGGAAGAAACAAAGAAUACGCGCUUCAUCUGCUGCACAUGUGCAAAGGGAAUAUUCAUGAGGCCAUGCUAAAGUUAAUGAGACCAACACCUCCGUUGCCAGCGGAACACCCGUUGCUCAGUUACGAGUGUCACGAGUCCGACCGAUGGACGUCGCAAGAGAUGGACGCAUUCUACCAGGGCCUGUUGAAGUACAACAAGGAUUUCUCUGCGAUCUCGCGGGACGUGGGUGGCAAGUCCGCGAAACAAUGCGUGCAAUUCUAUUAUCUGUGGAAGAGGCUCUGCCCGGACGAAUACAGCAGACUUCGUGUUCGCCACGGUAAACCAAAGAUUAAGACAGAGAGCAAGGAUUGCAAGGAUACCAGGGAGCUUCGCGACGCCAUUGCAUCGGUCACGGAGAUGGACUUUAGCGAAGACAAAUCCAUUCUUCAUCGCACUCUGUUACAGACAAAUGAGAGAGAAAACUCGGCUACUCUGACCACCAGCGACGGAGAGCUGAGAUUAUUUGCAUACGACUGCCCCGAUAGCUUUAGCGGAAGUGUAACAGUAACGAUGGCCGGGAGCACCCAAACCGCCCAAACCGGCAAUACCGGCCACGCCACAGUCAACACCAACUCACAAACUCACACUAGUUCUGAGCAACAACUACCCGUGCCCACCCCACUUCACUACCCCUGCAAGAUUUGCGGGAAAGUUUUCAACAAAGUGAAAAGCAGAAGCGCGCACAUGAAAUCCCACAGGCCGGUACCCUCGCCCGAUUCAACGGGGCAGGAAUCUAAGAGGCCUGUCCAACAGCAAUCCAAGACGCAACAAUCCCAACAAUCCAUCCAGCAACAGCGUCAACAACAGCAGCAGCAACCGCAGCAACAACAGCAGCAGCAACAGCAAGCGAGCAGCGUUUCAUCACAGGCCCAAGAUUUCAAUCAGCAGCAACUGCCUCCCAGCAACGGCGACACCGGCGCUCAGAACCCAGCGCAUUUAUGGCACAAUCCGACACGGUUCAGGCCACCAUAGGACGAUGCCCAGCCGGUUCAACUAAAGUUACCUUAACGAAGGCUGUAACGGUACGGUAGGAAAGUAUUUUACGGUCGCGCGAACUACGUGUAAUAGAAACAGGCACUACUAAAUAUAGGAAUAUAUAGAAAAGGAAAGAAAGGGAAUGAAAAGAGAACGAUAAGAUUCACGAAUAUCGUCGGAAGGAUCAUGCCGGAUCAGACGGCACGAUGGAGGAGAAGAAAAACGUUAAGAAUUAGUGAUCCCUCACCCCACCUCCCCCCCCCCCUCAAGUGUCGUCCACGAUUAGAGCCACCGAAAAGUGUCUCUGAUCCUCCUGGCACAGGCGAGAAACGAUUUUAGGCGAGAUAAAGUAAAACGGACACUUCCACGAUAGAUAUAUAUAUAUUAUAUAGUUCCAAGGAAGGAUGGAUGGAGACGAAGGAAGUUAGAGACGAAGGAUAAUGAUAAAAAAAAGAAAAAAAUAAAUAGAUAAAAACGAGAAAUACCUCUUAUACGCACUAUGGACCUGAGCGAAGCGAAAUCCCGCGUGUUCUCUGCAGCCAGGCCAGCCAUACACCAUAAAUUAAAUACCUACGCGAAACAUGUACAUGUAGAAGUGCGAAACGCAAAGUGCAUCGAAAGAUGAAGCUCGCGAGGUAUCUCUAUCCUCGUCGUUGAUCGAAAAGAAAGCAAACUCUCUGGCCAGAAAUUCGAUUCUAGCUUCUUUUUUUUUCUCUCUUUUUUCCUCGAAGAAAUUUAAACAGAAGAGAGACGAAACGGGGAUAGAGAUCCCUCGAGGGCGUUCUACUUCGCAGCCGUAGUCGAAGCUCUGUUCAACGAGGAGACAGGGUAACGGAAGUCCUUCUAUUCGUGUUUAGAAAACGUGGAAUGGACGAAACGUCGAAAUCGAUCGAUGGGAUAAUAAUCGAACGUGCAAGCUUUCCGUCUAUUUCUUUGUCUUUUUUUUUCUUUUUGUAAUUUCGUUUCUUCUUUAUUGACGAAGAGGAUAUCGUAAUAAUAUCGAAUAUGAAUCUAUUAAAUAUCCUAGAACUCUUAACGCGAACGUCGAAUAUAUAUACAUCGGAUGAUGAUGUUUGUUCCAAGUCUUUUUUUAUUUUUCUCGAUUUUAAUUAACAGGGGGUAAAAGUUCAUUGGACAAGUUGAAUGGGGGAAUUGGUCACGAUUAUUCGUGGUUUUCGAUGUGUACCUAUUAUGACUAUAUAUAUAUAUAUAUAUAUAUAUAUAUAUAUCUAUAUAUAUAUAUGCACGUAAAAUGUUUCCUGGAUUGUGCCACAAGACAUUAAAACUGUUACCUGUUGCCCUCCUUGUCAUUCUUUUUUUUUUUUUAAAUCUUUCAGAUCAUUUCCUCUUCUUUUCCUUUAUUCUUCUCCGUUUAUUAUAUAUAUAUAUAUAUAUAUAAAAUAUACGCUCACGGGAAUCGGCUCACGAAUCGAAAUAUUUAAUCCAUCAAACGAAUCAAAAACUUGAAAGAAGAGAACUUUAGAGAAGAUUUACUCCAGAGAUGGUAAAAAAAUAUUUUCAUUCAUGGGAGAUAAAAAGAACGCGACGUGAUCAAAAUUUGUUUUAAUUUUAAGACUAAUAUCAGAAUUAAAAAAAAAGAAAAAAAAAAUCGAAGAAUUUCGAAGUUUAUUAUUUUAAGAAAAAAGCAAAGAUGAUGAUCCGUGAACCGGAAUCCGUCGUUCUAAAAUUAAUACGACUUGUUGCACGUUCGCUCUAGUUCUACUUAGUUUAAAAUUAAAUUAGCGUAUUUAAAUGUCGAUAAGUAAGCGACUCAAUUGUCAAGAGGAAACGUUCGUAGAUUUGUUGAAGCUCCCCAAGAUUUUUGUUACCUCUGUUACUUAAAUAUAUAUAUAAUAUAUAUAUAUAUACAUAUAUUAACUAUAUUUGUGUCAGAAUAAAUUUUAAUAUAUUAUAUAUAUAUAUACAUAUAUAUAUAUAUAUAUAUAUAUAUAUACAUAUUAUACAUAUGUAUAAACAGAUCGAUGUAAUUUGAAAACGAUUCGUAGCCUAGGCAAAAUAUAGUUCUAUCAUAGAAGAAAGAGAGAAAGAAACUGAGAGAGAGAGAGAGAGAGAGAGAGAGAUACAUACGUUGUUCAAGUUUCACUUCGGUCCGCGAUCGAUCGUUCGAUCGCGAUCGAACUGUAACAUAAUUGAUUAUAUACAUAUACAGCCAUGAAUACAUUAUACAUAUAUAUAUGUAUAUAUACACAUACAUAUAUAUAUAUAUAUAUAUAUAUAUAUAUAUACGCGCAUCGAACGAACAGACACGUGGUAGAAAGCGUUUAUUUAUUAAAAUGUGAAUGGAAAUGAAAAGAAGAGAGAGAGAGAGAAGCGAAAGAAGGGGAGUGAAGAGGAUUAUUAUUCGACUAACGAUAAUGAUUAAACGUUAGAGAUCAUCAACUCUAUGUGUACAUAAUCCGUGUACAUGCCUGUACAUAAUUCUAAACGUCAGUGUCUGUAUGUACAAUUCUGAAUGAAAUUUUAAACGCAAAAAUAAAAAAUAUAACGUAGGCUAGGUUUUAGGUUGUUUUAGGAGGGAUAUAUAUUAUAAAUAAAGUAUAUAUACUUGGCUUGAUUUUCUACCUUACUAGGGACUACGAGGCCGAGACUCUUGGGGGCAAACUUUUUGUGUCGGCUGGACACAAGUCUUAUCUUUAUCAUUUCAUCUUGAAUAAAAAUAACGAUGUUCCUGUAUGUAAGGUGCCUUAAUAUGAUCGUUUCUGUUUGAUUAUAAAUUAUCACAUGAAAAGAUGACAGGUUGUUUCUCUUUUCUUAUACUUUGAAUUUUAUUUGAUAAGCAUUUUCAAAUAUAUAUGUAUAUAUAUAUAUUUCGAAUAAUUAUUUCAACGAUUAUUUUAUCGUUAACACAAGUGUUAUCACAAUAAAAUUCAAUGUUAUAUUUCUUUUAAAUUAUAUUUCGUUGUCUGUUUUCAGUAUAUAUAUCGUGUAUAUAUAUAUGUAUAUAUAGGAACAUCGUUUUAGCAAUUGAAAUAAUGAAAGAAACGAGCCUCGUACAAUGUUUCACAAUUCGUGUUCGAUUCACACGUCGACACAACUUGGUAGAUUGUUAUUCAAGAGUUUGUCCGCCGAUCGUAGCUGCUCUAACUCUACCUUAAAGAUAUUGUUAUUGUUAACACUCUUCUUCUUAUUAACUUUUACCAUUAAAAAAGGAAAAUUAAAGGAAAAAAAAAAAUCACGAUAUACAUUUUAACUUUUUAAACUUUUCACGUGUAAAAAGGGGAGCUAUGCGAGAGAGAAAGACGAGAUGCAAAGUGACUGAGGAUACUUUUAAAAGAAUCUGCCAAGUUUUGAAGGGAAACAAAAAAAAAAAAGGGAGAAGAUGAAUGAAAGAAAUGGAAAGAAAAUAAGGAUUCGUGUGAAACGAUGGCUUUAAAUUUUCCAAUGUUUUUUUUUCUUUCUUUUUUUUUUUUAGUUCGAAAAUAUACAGGCGAAGAACGUUAGAAAUAGGCGUGCGUAACAGAUACGAAUGCGAGAAAGAUCUAGAGAAAUGGCGAUAAACCUCCGUUCAACGUUCGACAUUCGAAGAAUUUUUGAAUUUUUAACAAGCUUAACGAGAGAAAUCGUCUGUGUCUUUUAUGCGUGUGUGUCUUGUGUUUCUUCCAUGUUUUCCCUUUCCAACCCCUUUCAACCCUCUGAUUCACUGGCAAAAAGAAAAAGAAAAAAAAAAGAGAAGAGAAACGUGUAAAACGCGCUGUUCAAAACGAUAAAAAAAAACGUUCCGGCCACGCACCAUUCGUUCAUUUACAGACAAGAAUUGCGUAUCGAUAGAAGAAAGACGUAUUACCAAGGGCACCAUUCCAUCUAAAGAAAGAAAGAAAGAAAAAGAAAAGAAAAAAAUCAUCUCUCCGAACGAGAAAAUCGCGCAAACAAGUAAAAAUCGAUCCUUAUUUUCAUUAAGUACCUAUAAAAUGUUCCAUGAACACGCAACGAAACGUUUCGUUUAAAGAGAGAUAUUUUUAUCACGAAUGAUCGAGAAUGGAUCUUGAUGGUGGAGGAAGCAGAAGUGGUAUUUUGUCGUUUAAAAUUUUUGCGUGUAUUUAUUUUUUAAUCGCUGAUAACGGAUAUAAAUUACGGCCCAUGGAUAUACUUCUUUUAUGAGCAUGAUGAUGAUGAUGAUUUUAUAAACUCUGAGUGAACGGCCUCCAGAGUAGCAAAAAUGAUUACGUAGGGAGAGGGAGGAGAAAAGAGAGGAAUAUAAAAUCGAAUAGUAAUCCUAGAAAUCUAAUAAUUAAUUACUAUUACUAAAUAAGAUCCUAGGUGAUUCGAGUCUUAAAAAUAAGUUCAGUUUAAGGUGUGAAACUGUUGAUAUGAAUUCCGACUACAGGUUCGGUGUAUAAGUCGAAUGCAAACAAAAUUAGCAGACAUAUCAUUUAAGACAAUACACUUGUUACAGAAACUACGUUUCUACUAAUUGUAAUUCUUAUUAUAUGUAUGUAAUCUAACUCUUAAUCGGACUUAGAGAGAUUCGAGGUGAAACGAGGUGACGUAGUUAGUAAUAAAAAGAAAAAGAAAAAGAUGGAAUGGGGGAGGAGGAAGAAAGCAUUCGAACUAUAUUAAUAUUGAAAAAAAAAACCAAAAUCCAGAGAGUCAAUUGUUGACUAGUGUUAAUCAAUGUUGAAACAAUCUAAUCGAAUAUUUCGAUCGUUUCUACUUCUGAACCAAACACAUUACAACAAUUUUUUGUAUAAUUUCGUCAAAUUGUGUUACGAAUUUAUAUACGGAAGGAAAGGACAAAAUAAUAUCGUUGUACUUAAAUAUGGAUUAUUUAAUUAAUUAUUUUAAGCUAAUCUUAAUAAGAUAAAAUUAUGUACUUAAGAAAUUAUUCUUUCGUUCUUUCUCGCGUAACGCAAAAAAAAAAAGAAAAAGAAAAAAAAGAAAGAAAAUGUUCGACACUCUGGAUUUAUUUAAGAGGCGUAAGGCAAUUCUGGAGGCUGAAUUACUCAGAAAUCGAGGAAAGGUUAACGAUAAAACGAAGCAAUGAAACAGUAACGAAGAUAUGCAUGAAUUGUACAAACGAGUCCCUCCACGUCACAGAAAAAAAAAAGAAUGAUAUAUAUAUAUAUCUAUAUGAAGAAUAUAUAUAUAACAAAAAAAAAAAUGAUAAAUAUGUGAUGUAUUUAAAUGGUAUGUGGUAUAUGGUAUUACAUAUUUGUACAUAGGCGGACCCGUGCCAUCAACUAGUGAGUUGUACCGAUAUUGUACUGCCAUUAGUCGAGUUAGUGGGUAACAUCGAGCGAGAAUGAAUCAUAGAUUAACAUGGAUUUUCAUUUUUUUUUUUUUUUUUUUUUUCCCCUCUUUUCAGCGCUAAAAGUGAUAUGAAGACGAUGAACGAAACGAAUACAAUGGAUUAAAUUAAAUUUAGAAGAUUAUAUUUUUAAUUCUGUUCAUGUUUAACUAGAGUGAAAUUAAUCAUUAGCGAAAGUGUAGUUUAAAACUUAAUUAGAAGACAAAAUUGUUAUGCGUUUUUUAUUUAAUAUUAUAUUAGACGUUAUCGAUAAUUAUUUAAGCUCGUUCCAAAAAAAAAAGAAGUUCGAAUUUCUUUCUUUUUUUUUUUUUUUUCACAACACGCUGAUUAAUUUUGAAGCUUCGAGCAAUUUGUCGUGAAGUACAAGAUUAUUUAAUAAUAAUAUAUAUAUGUUACGUUACAUUAGUUAAUUUAACUGUUGUGUUAAGCAAACUUUUCAAUUCUGUCGUUACCAUUGUUUAUUGUGAAUCCGAUGAUUAAGUUUCAAUUAGUCAAAAUAUUUUAUCAAUAUUUAUUUUACACUUUAACUCGUAUGUUUGCAAAAUGAAAAUAAUAAAAUUGUCUUAAUAUAUAUAUAUAUAUAUAAUUGAAGCAAUGGCGAAGAGAAUUACGUUGCGAAAAAUAUAUUGGUACAACUCGGCGAAGAAAGUGUAGCGUGGUUAUACACCUGAGGAAUGUGCUCAAAAUAACUGUAUUAAAGAGAAAAAAAAAAAAAAGUCUACUAAAUGAUCAUCAACGUUUAUGCAAGAAAAAAAAAAAACUACUCUUAAACAAGUGAAAAGUUAUUUAUUCGAUUAUUAUAUUGAUAUCGUAAUCUAUUGUCCUCUAACCUAUUACCUACUUUAAUGUCUAUCUCUAUAAGCCAGCAUGGUUCUUUAUACUCUUCUAUUUGAUGUUAUAAUAAUACACUAUUCUCUAUUAUAACUUUUACUACGACGGAGAAACAAACGAAAUGUAUUGUUAAUAGUGUUUUUAAAUGUAUUCGAAGCAUGGUCAGCUGUAGGGGAGCCACGGAUACGUAAUGUCGCGUUUCACAUGAGAAACUGGUCGGUCGAUUCGAUUCCAUUCGAAACGAAUAAAAGAAGAGAAAGAAAAAGAAAGAAAAAAAAAACAGAAUAAAUUCGAAUAAAACGCGAAGCAUCAGAAAUCUUUGAUCUCUUUUCCACGAAACUAUCGUCUCUUUGCCUUUUUCUCCUGACGAUUUGUAAGGUUAGGUUUCUUUCAAUGACAAAAUGUUAACUAACCUAUUCGAUUUUCGUUGAUAUGAAUAUUAUUCUCGUUCCUUAGAAAUCCUUAAACGAUUCUUGCCGUCGUAAGAAGGAAAAAAAAAGAAAAAUCCAGAGUAUUCAUGUGACGCGGACAUUUUCUAUCGCACGGUUAUUAUUAUCGCAAUAAUUAAAACGAUAGAGUGAAAGAGGAAAAUGUGUGCUCGGUAGCAAUAUCGGUGCGGACGUCGUUGUCCGCACUGUCGUUGUUUUUUCCACUUCUCUGCUCAACUAGUUCUUACCUGUAAGGAGUAGUAAUGUAAUACAUUAUUAAAUAUCUUCGUCACGGUUAGUCUUUUAAACAAAACAAUAAAAGAAAGAAAAAAGAAACACCGUUCUCUCUCCGACUCUUGUAUUUGUCUUCUAUUGCUCAAAACUCGCGGAAAAUAUAAAGAAGUUGAAGAUGCCGGCUUCGUUCGCCGGUGACAAAAGAAAAAAAAAAAGAAAGGCGCGGUCGAACCUCUCGUGAUUCUUAACAAAAAUUAUAAAAGAGAAAAGAAAAAGACAAAAAAAAAAAAACAAAAAAAAAAGAAGAAAAAAAAAAAUUCAAAAAAUUUGCAAUGAUAUCGCUCAAAAGUUGGUGCCAUAAGCAAUAUGGACAAUAUAUUAUUAAUUGUGUUAGAUGACGUGUGCGCUAACUACAGCUGGCCGAAUAAAAGAUCCCAUUUUUAAGGGAUCGAAGAGACAAGAAACGUCACGUGAUCCUCUCUCAUCCGAGCAAUGUUACUUAUUCGUUUUACCCGACGUUUCAAUAAAUGUACGAAUCUUGCUUCUUUCUAAUCUCUCCAUCAAAUUUCGGAUUAGCGAAUACGUAUACCAGUUUAGCUUAGUAUUCCGUAGAAUUAUUCUCUAUCGAAUAUUCUUUCUCGAUUAAAAAAAAAAAAAAAAAAAAAAGGAUUCUAAAUCCAUGCUCGUGAGAAAAAAUCACGUGGCGGGGACUUUCUACACACUUACACACACAGUUCAGUCAAUUUGAAGCGCGAUGUGGUAUCGAGUCGUCAACGAAAAAUGAUCGAAAAUCGAUCGAAAAAAGGCCUAUAUAUCUAAACCGAUUUUCUCCCCGGAGGGGAGAGGAACGAAAGAACUCUCCCCCUCCCUCCACAUCUCCAGUAGGAGGCCUCGAAAACCCCUCGACACACGACUCCACCACAUUGGGUCUUCGGCCAAGUUAAAAGAAAUGGCACAAACGUCGCGGCCGAUCCUAACGUAAACGCGCGCAUCUCCACGAACGAUUCUCGUCGAUUUCUUUCUGUUCUUCGAUGGAUUUUCGUCCAAUUCCAACGAAACGGCCUCGUGAAAAUUUCGAUAUUCGCCGCGUUAUUAUUAAUUACAAUAUCUCUUUCCAUAUGAUGUAACCGCUUGCUUUUUCACUACGAAGUCAUUUUUAACGAAGAUUAAUCUUUGAUCGAGGUGCUACACACGAUGAAUAAUAUCCGCGUGAAUAAUGUGAAUAUAAUGAGUAUAUAAUGGGGGGAUGAGGGAGGGGAGAGAAAAAAUGGAGGGCCAGAUCGACGAGAAUUUCCGGUCGCGCGCGUUUAACGAUUUUUAUUAAAUGUCGGUCGACAAGGAAAUCAAAGGGCUCGUGAGAUCCGGCGAAAGCGUGGAUGAAACGAACGAAGAGCGGAAGGAAGAGAGAUGAUAAGAUGAAAGCGACAAAGCGUUAAAGCUUAGCCGGAGCGACGAGUUUCUGUGCAUCAGUAUUAUACGUUCGAAGAGCGAUACUAAUAUAAUACAUUGGUCUAGUGAUUAUACAUUAUAUUGCGUACAUACAAUUUUAUUUAAUAUACACAUAUAAAUAUAUAUAUAUAUAUAUAUACAUAUUGAAUAUGAAAGGGCGAUAUUAUUAUUAUUAUUAUCAUUAUUAUUAUCAUUAUUAUUAUUAACUAUUAAUUAUUAUUAAUAAUUAAUUAUACGAUAGAUAUAUGAGAAUAUAUGUAUAUAUGUAUAUACAAUUAUUUAUAUAUAAAUAUAUAUAUAUGUAUAUAUAUUCACAUAUACUAUGAACGCUAAUUAUGUGCAGGGAAGCGGCGCGAUAGGUCACAGUUUAAAUCUCGAUGUUGUUCGUUCAAAAUGAAGCGUAAGAAUAACAAAAUGAAGAAGAAGAAGAAGAAGAAGAAGAAGAAGAAAUGAUAGAAGCUUCGAAAAGCUGCGAGCGAUGGGACUUCGUUGCGAUAAUAAUAAUAAUAAUCAUAGGGGUGAUAUUUGGGAGGGGAGGGGAGGGGGGCGAUUGCUUACUUCGUUAUUCGGUUUUCGCCAUCAACGUGAAGCUCCCGGCGGUGUCGUCGAACGUACACGAAACGAUUUUUUCAGGUUGUGAGUCGACUUCUCGUGCUCGUCGCCCGAUCGAUCUUUACGAAUCAUCCUGAUUCAAUUGUCGUCAGGAUUGAGAAUCCCCUGGUUGGAAAAAAAAUUUCGAAAACGAUCCACGAGCCUCGAGAGACAAGUCGACGAUAUAUUUCUCGCGGAUCAAUCGAUCGGAAUGUUUUUUUCACGAUCGAUUCGGACACUUGGUUCGUUCGAUUGGUCCGUGCAAAAGCGAAAAAUCCUGGCUCACGAGUGCACGAGAAUGUUUAAAUAAAAAAGAGAAAAAAAAAAG